UUGGCGCAGACUCGUGAUGCUGGUUAUCGGCACAGCUUCAUCUGUUUGUAAAAAUCUAAUUUUUCAUUGUAAAAGCAAGCAUUUCCAGUCGCUUUCACGGAAGGGGGGCUCCACUUAAACCUAACAAUGUGAAGCCAUUCUCCGUCACCUAAGCGCCCCUGCAGUGAUGCCUCCAGCCAUGUCUCAAAUAAGCGAUCCAAAGAUUGCUUUUGCCUACUUGCGCCCAGCCUGUGUCCUGCUCACCCGAGAGCCCACAGUGGUUAAUGUGGAAACACUCAAAGGCCAGUUAAAAGAAGUCAACGAUGCCACGUUGCAGCAGCUUCAGGAGUACGUCCUCUUCCCUCUUCGAUUUGUCCUUAAAGUCCCCGGGGCUAAGAAGGAGCAGCUGGUGCAGUCUGUGACCGAGGCAGUAAGCUAUGUUUUGGAGAACACUUGCAUCCACAGCUGGGAAACCCUCCACAACCUCUUUUCCGAGCUUUGCCUGUGCCUGUCCUCUUCAGCUGAUCCCGGGAAGCCUGCAGAUACGUCAGAGGAGCUAAAAUCAGCUGUUCUGAGGUGCCUGGAUGCCCUGCUUCAUGCUGCUUAUGGUGAUAUAGUGUUCAAACUCUUUGAACCGAUUAUGCUGCCUGGGCUGGGUGCUGCCGUUUCACUGCUGCUGGCUUUGGGAGAGAAGGAGAAAUCUCGAGAUAUACAGACAGCAGCCUUGACGUGCCUCCAGGCUUUGACUCUGCAGUGUGACUGCACCCAGGAACACGUAGUCCCAUCAUCAGAGGAGCGAUGCUUUGUAGGAAGCGCCAUGGCAUCAUUUUUACCUGGAAUCACCAUGGCUACGGCCAGGAUCAUUACAGGAGAUUUGAGGCAAGGCCAUGCAGUCACAGUCCGGGCCAUCAAGGUUUGGUCCAGGACUGUGGAGCUUGUCAUGGAGGAUGUCCAGCUCCAGUCCACUGAGUCCUAUAAGACUCCCUCUGCAGACCUGGGGAGGAUCGGACAGCUCAUAGUCCUUCGGACACCGGAGUGGGUGAAGAACACAGCAGGGAAGCUGUCUGUCCUGCUCAAGAAGAUAAUCUCAUGCACUUCAGCGCACCAGCACUGGAGGGUUAGAGUGGCAAUGGUGGAGUUGGCCGAUCACCUGCUGGCCAAAUGCAGUCACUCACUGACUGAUUGUGUAGGAUCACUACUAGAAGCACUGGUGGGGGCAAUCAAUGAUGUGGAACCUAGAGUCAGAGAGAGGUGUGAAGUUGCUCUCAGAGAGGUAUCCCAGAGAAAUCAGAGGUGCAGCGGCAGCAGUGGCACUCAGACCUUCACUGACAUCUUAUCUGAGAAUCUCCAUUCUUUGGCCACCUCCCUACCCAGACUGAUGAGGACCUCUGAUGACCAGAAGAAGCUCUUUGUUCUCAACGUGUUUUUGGGCUACUUAAAAAUCUUAGGACCGCUUGUCUCUGUGGUGCUGAACUCGGCUGCACAUCUGGAGAGGAUUUCCAAAGCCUUAAUGCAGGUGCUGGAACUCGAUGUGAUGGAUGUUCGCAUUGUGGAGGAGAGGAGUUACGCUGCUGCCGUGGAGACGAGCACCGGCUCCCAUGAUUCCUACACCACUCACACACAGAGGAAGCAUUUUCUCUACUUCACAGAUGAGAAAAUCUUCUCUGUGCUCAUGGAGAUCUGUCGCACAUUAGGUUAUUAUGGCAACAUCUACCUGCUGACCGAUCAUCUGCUGGACUUGUACUGCCAGUCUUCAGUGUACAGAAAGCAGGCUGCCAUGGUGUUAAAUGAGACAGUUAGAGGUGCAGCAGGUAUCGCUGUGGCAGACCAGAGUCAGGGUUUGGAGACCAAAGUUCGUGAAAGCCCUGCCACCCAGGAAGAUAUUAAAGCAGCAGCUGUUUCUAUCAUUGAGGAAUACACCAGCCUGAACAACUGGCAUUUGAUUACAGUCAGCAAGGAGAUGGAUAGAGACCAACAGGAUCAGCAGUCAAACUGGGUCAUAAAUGGAGUGCAGUAUGAACCUAGUUUUCUUACUAAAACACAUGUGAUUCCUUCAUCAUCAACAUCCACGAUCCACCAGCUCAACAGCAACAUCUGGCAGCUGUGCAUCCAACUCGAGGGCAUCACCUGCUGUGCUCAGGCGCUGGGCCACGAUUUCCGUCCCUUGUUGAUGACCUCGCUGUAUCCUGUGCUGGAGAAAGCUGGUGAGGAGACGCUGCUGGUCAGCCAGGCGGGACUGAGCUCCAUGUGGGACAUCAGUAAGGCCUGUGGAUACGCUUCCCUCAAGGAACUGAUCAAUGAGAACUCUGACUACCUGCUUAAUGACAUUUCACUCAACCUUCAGAGAAUCAGCCAGCAUCCACAGGCUCCACGGGUGUUGACAGUUAUGUUGACUCACUCUGACUGCAGCCUGCUGCCGCUGGUCGGGGACAUCGUUCAGGAUGUGCUGACGGCUCUGGAUCUUAGCUACGAGCGCACAGCUGCUCUUUUCUGCUCCGUGCUGCACGCGCUCAUGAAGGCACUGGCGAGGUGGUUUCCUUCCACUUGUAGCAGGACCAGUAAGUCUACCAGCUACAGGCAACGUUCCAGUGACCAGGAAGACCUCAGCAUUCGCCAAUUCCUGCUGAAUUACUGCAAACAGAAAGAACUGGCAGAGGGCAUUGGAAUAGAGGAUGAUGACACUGAAGACCAAGAAGUCCCUCCCACUGAGUGUGAGGAUGUUGAAGAUACUGGUAGUCCUGAUGUGAAAGCAGAGCUUCCCUCCCACCUCAGCAUCACUAAGGAUGUUAUGGAGCGCUGCAUUCAUCUGCUGUCUGAUCCCAGCCUCAGGCUCCGACUCAAGGUACUAGACGUGCUGGAGUUGUGCGUUCAGGUGCUGAGUGAGAGGGAAAAUGAACUGCUGCCUAUGGCUCGUCGCUGCUGGCCAGCACUCCUGCAGAGACUCACAACUGAUGACCCAUUAGCAGUCCUCAGAGCCUUCAGGGUGCUGUGCGUGCUGGGUGAAACAUGUGGGGACUUUCUGAGGAGGAGGGUUUCUAAAGAGGUUCUGCCCAAGCUGAGCGCCUCUCUGGCACGGCAGGCUCCGAUCAGCGCCAAGGCUGGGCCUGUCUACACACACACCCUGGCCUACAAACUGCAGCUGGCUGUAUUGCAGGGGCUGGGCUCACUGUGCCAGAGACUGGAUCUGGCUGAAGCAGACCUAGAUGUGGUUUGUGAAGCCUGUCUACCCUACCUGAGCUCCAGACAACCCAUCAGACUGCAAGAAGCCUGUUUAAAUGUGUUCCGACACUUAAUCCAGGUGGAUCCGGACACCUUCUGGUUUACUCUAAAUGAGCUGCACUGCCCGUCCUCUUACAUCCCACACCACCCCGACCUCCUGCCGGUGCAGCUGAACGGCACGGGCAGGCCGAGAGACGAGUUCUCGGACAACGUGUUCAAACUGCUCAAGGAGGAGUUUGGCUCCGUUACUGAGACAGUUAACCAGCCAGUCAGCUAAUGAGCUGCUGCUUGAUGAAAUUGACUCUUCUCACAAACGGACAACUUAUUGAACCACGACUUCAACAGGUCAAUUAACUGAAAGAAAUCUGUCAGCUGUGCCAAAUAGUUGAUCACCUAGCUCUGUGGAAUUAAGAGCUACUCUGUAAUUUACAAAAUGUUACUUAGUCAUCACCUUCAUUAUCUAACCUCCUAGCUUCUGCUAGCCCACAAUUAGUACUUGCUGUACAUUAACAUUAGAUGAAAAUGGAGCUCUACUGAGUUAUGUUUGAUUAAAAAGAGAAAACAAAA